CCUGCAGCUUUCGCAGACUGGAGUGCACAGCAACAGGAUUGUCGUGCUGUGUGUCUGGCGUCAGGUGGCGAUGAAGACCUAACGACUCAUAUUGAACUCAUACAAAGAUAGAAGAAGAAGAGGACGAACUGAGGCGGAUAUAAUCAGCCAAAAUGAUUGGAGAUCUUAUAAUUUUUGGCACUCUGCUCGUGAACGCCGGCGCUGUGCUCAACUUUAAACUAAAGAAGAGAGAAACGCAGUCUCAAGGGUUUGGCGAUGAAUCUGGAUCGUCCAGAACUGGUGACAACAUCAGAGAGUUUUUGCUGAGUCUGCGGUACUUUCGUAUAUUCAUUGCUCUUUGGAACAUUUUCAUCAUGUUUUGCAUGAUCUUGUUAUUUGGUUCAUAAUUGAUGGCUGUUACAGUGAGGAUCACUACAGACACUAAAGAUCUAAUUGCAGCAUUGGGUGGAUUUCGUGCAACAGGUUUUUUUAGUGUGAGAUGUCUUACAUAUAGUCUCAUCCAACGUCUUACAAAACAUCUGUAUAUUUUGUACAGAAGUGUGUGAUUAAUAUUGGUUUUACUUUCU